GCCGCCGCCCCACCAAGUCCGUGUGCGUUGAUGAAUGGUGGUGGCGCGUGUUGUGGGGACUGCUCUCCUGCUGCUGGCAUGGCGCGUGUGGGCAAUAAUUCCGCGACGGUGGCGUCAAUGGCCGGCGCAGCAACGCGCGCAAUCGCCACAGCAGCAAACUAGCACAUCGUCUUCAGCAGGCAGGCCAGGCCGGAAGGUCAACACGCUAGUCGUUCUGGGUUCGGGUGGACACACCUCCGAGAUGCUGAAGCUGACCUCACGCCUCUCGCCGGAGACAUACUCCCCGCUCUGCUACGUCGUGGCGAGCACAGACCACACCAGCGCAGACCGCAUCCCGAAAGAGGGACUGAUGUCAGGUCGCUCCAGGGUACUCACGAUACCUCGCAGCCGUGAGGUGGGGCAGUCAUACCUGACGUCGGUCUUCACGACGUUGUUGGCCGGUCUGCAUGCCGCCGUCGUGGUGGUCACAGUUCGUCCAGACCUCGUUCUUGUUAACGGUCCCGGGACGUGCAUUCCAGUGUGCGUUGCCGCGUCCGCCCUGCGCUUCUUCGGGUUGGGGUCGAGCUGCUCCCGCACCGUGUUCUGCGAGAGUUUUUGCCGGGUGAAGUCUCUGAGCCUGAGCGGUCGCAUCAUGUAUCUGUUGGCCGAUCGGUUCGUGGUUCACUGGCCGGAGCUCCUCGUGAAGUACCCCCGCGCGGAGUACGCCGGGCAGCUCAUGUAAACAAUUUGCUUUGUUUUCGUGCCGGAAGUCUGGCCCCUUGGCAGCUUUUUGGCCGUUGCCACCCGGUGAGAAGUUUUUCAAGGAGAGCAACCGUUGCAGAGUAGAUGCGCUCCUUGGACUUUCUUAGUUUUGCAGAUUUUUGCGUUCGGUAAAGUAGUCUGCCAGUUGUUUUUCGCAGAGCGAAUGCUUGACCGCGUGAUUCGCAUGCUUUGCACGGUCUUCCAGUGUGUGGUGCUCUCGUGAGGUUGGUUUUCUUGUACAUAUCGCCGACUCGGUUGUCGGUACAUGUGGUGUGGUGUAAUGCAACGUCUUUCCGUUACGUUGGGGAAGUGGCGGUGUCGUGUGCAUGUGCUGCGUAUGAUGAAACGCUAUGCCGUCCGUACGUUAGGGUGAACGACGACGCACGUCGGUGCGUGUGAACAAAUUGUGAAUCGAUCUCAUAUCUCCUUUGUUCGGGAUAAAUGUUUUAUUGCUUGAGACUACGUUUUCGCUAGAAUAAACCAGAUUGGUGCCUGCCUAAGUGGGCCCAUAAAUAAUUUUGCCCAUCGCGUCACGAUCGUGGAGAAAUAGUGGGCGUUGUCGCAAAGGACUUGCGCCAAAGGGAUCGCGGGGUCUCCCAAAGCUACUUCCGUGUACAGGUCAGAACGGAUUCCACUGUGAA